UGUACACUACCACAGAGUCCCCACAAGCUUGUACAGUGCGCGCUACCUAGGCGUUGCCCAUUACAACUUAGUUGAUAGGUAAGAACUUGAAAAGGUGAGGGAUUUUGAGGUAGUGUGAGCAAUACCAGGCUUAUUGAAGGAGACAGAAAUACGCACCAACAUUUCCUUUAAAAUGUACUCCACACUGAAAAUGGUGCUGCUGCUCGGCAUGAUGGGUUGUGGGCAUUUAAUCACAGUGACGGUUCCCCAGAAGUUUGAGAACGUGACAAAGGGUGAAAGUGCUCUUCUCCAGUGCACCUUUGUUACCACUGAGCAGAAAACCAGUGACCUCAUCAUCCAGUGGAAUUUUGUUUCCAAAACCUCCAUGGUGCCACAGCAGGUAUAUUACUUUCAGUCAGGAGAGGGCGUGAUUUCCAAACCAUAUGAAGGCAGGUUGAAGCCUUCCAGCUCUCCAGCUUCUACCAACAAUGCCUCAAUAACAAUAAGCAACAUGAAAGUGUCCGAUGCAGGGGCCUACACCUGCGAAGUCCGCAACUUCCCUGAUGUCAGUGGGAAGACUGAGGCAACUAUCAUUGUCAACAUUCUUGAGAUGCCCUCUGUGCCGUUCUGUGCUGUCCAUGGUGAUGUGGAGUCUGGUCACCUGGUUACCCUCACCUGCCACAGUGAGCAGGGAAGCCCCACCCCCUCCUAUACCUGGACAAGACUGGACCAGGACAAGACCAAUAGACCUGUGCUGGGGUACACCGAUCCGAAAAUAGGAUCCUUGUAUAUUAGAAACAUAUCCCAGUUUGAGUUUGGAGAGUACCAGUGCAGUGCCUCUAAUGAUGUGGGAUCUGCCACUUGCACUGUGGAGCUCAAUCAUGAGCUAGGUGAUGGGGCCAUUGCUGGUGCAGUCAUUGGAGCACUUCUUGGAGCUCUCCUAAUCAUCCUUAUUGUCUUGUACAUGACACACUCCAUGAAGAAGCAGAAAUACAAGGAUAUCAAGGAAACAGAGAUGCAGGCCAAACCUAAGAGUUCGACCACGGUGGCGUAUGAAGGCGUCCCUACCACGGGGAGUAGCCACCAGGCCUUUGUAACCUCCGAGGGGGUUCCCAUGGCAACACAUAGCCAUGUCCAUGCUGACGCUGAUGGAGAAGAGGCCGAGGCUUAGGAGAAGCCUGACACACACGUCUGGGGUGACAUCACUGUCUGGGGUGACAUCACUGAUCUGAAAAACACUGCUGCACUGAAGGUUACCAAUGCCUGUGUGUUUGGAGAGUGAAUCCAUAGCAUUUUUUAGUUUGUUUCUGUGUUUUUGUAUAAUGUGUGUUUUAUUGACACAUUUAAAUAAUGCUUCGUAUUUGUUUUGUCAUUUUAAGAAACUUAAAGUUAUUGUAUUCCAAAUAUCUUUCUUUCACACGCAAAAAAUACUAAUCACUCUACAGCCUGAUUAAUUCUAAUAUGUGGUAAUCCAUCCAUUCCCUGACUAGAUUUCAUGAUCUAAUGCCAAUUGCAUAUUCAUUGUGACAUUCUAACCAAUAAUGACUCAUCCAGGUUUUCUGGAAAAAAUAAAGAAUUUUGCAUAAACUGUUUCAUUACUAAUGUG